GCAGUCUCGGAAUUUCCAAGUUCCUGCCUUUCCCUUCCUUUCUUCCUUCCACCAACUCUUGGCCUCGGUCUUAGCUACUGUCUGUAAUUGUGGUUCCACUCUUUCGACUAGAGGUUGCAUCUACCGCCAUACCAGCUCUGGCUCUAGCCUCUGGAGCUCCGGAUUGCGGAGAUUUGACUGGUCUCCCAUCCUAUGGAAAAUCCCGUCGAAGUACAUACUGUACAUACAUACAUACACUAAUCUUCCGCCUCAGAAUGCCAUGCGUCGGGUCGUCGUGACAGGUUUAGGAGCGAUCUCGCCUCUAGGGGUAGGUCUCCGUCGAACAUGGAAGCGCCUGCUAGAUGGUCACUGUGGCAUCGUGAAUGCCGUGCAUCGCGAUGCUAGGUUCAAGGACGUGCCCUGUCAGAUCGCCGCCAUUGUGCCGCGAGGGCCUCAAAAUGAAGGCGCUUGGACGCCUUCAGAGUGGUUAAGUAGAGACGAUGAGCGUAAGAUGGCUCUCUUUGCGCAGUACGCCAUGGCUGCCUCGGAAGAGGCAUUGGAAGAUGCGGGCUGGAAGCCGACGACUUUUGCUCAGAAGGAAGCGACGGGCGUAUGUCUUGGAUCGGGUAUCGGGAACUUCGAUGAGAUCUACGACACGGUUGUUGCAUAUGAGAAGGGUGGAUAUCGCAAAGUGUCACCCUUGUUCGUACCCAAGCUGCUGAUCAACCUCGGUGCUGGUCACAUUUCUAUGAGAUAUGGGCUCAUGGGCCCAAACCACGCGGCAACUACCGCAUGUACAACCGGCGCUCACUCGAUUGGUGAUGCAGCUCGCUUCAUCGCGUGCGGUGAUGCAGAUGUGAUGCUAGCCGGCGGGGCGGAGUCUUGUAUUCAUCCUUUGGCUGUUGGCGGCUUUGCUCGGGCUCGCAGUCUGGCAACCAGCUACAACGACAACCCACAAAAGGCGUCAAGACCAUUUGAUGCGGAUCGGGAAGGCUUCGUAGUAGGAGAAGGGGCUGCAAUGAUGGUCCUAGAGGAGCUCGAGCAUGCAAAGGCUCGAGGAGCUCGCAUUUAUGCGGAGUUGAAGGGUUACGGCUGUUCCGGGGAUGCGCACCAUAUGACUGCGCCCAAGGAGAAUGGAGAAGGUGCAUUCCUGGCCAUGAAGAAAGCACUGAAAAACGCGGGGUUGUCGCCGUCCGCUGUUGACUACGUUAAUGCGCACGCCACCUCCACUGUCGUAGGCGAUGCGGCAGAGAAUGCUGCGAUCAAAGCGCUUCUUCUCGGCCCAGGGGGGAAACAGAAAGCCACGGAGGUCAACAUCAGCAGCACCAAGGGCGCUGUCGGCCACCUUCUGGGUGGUGCGGGCGCUAUUGAGGCUGUGUUUGCUGUCCUCGCAGUCAAUGAGAACAUAAUGCCUCCGACAAUCAAUCUGGAGCGGCUAGCGGACGGAUUUGAUUGCAAUUAUGCGCCUAACGAGGCACAAGAGCGUUGCAUCGACGUGGCCAUGACGAACAGCUUUGGGUUCGGAGGAACCAACAGCAGUCUAUGCUUCUCCAAGCAUAUCGAGUAGGUGCGGUGCGUUCUGAUUCUUUGCUGUUAUACUGCAUAGAUGCUGCACUGUAUCACUCGGAUGUACUAUAACAUGGACAUGCAUACUUUAGCGAGUACCGAAGAAACUCUAGCAGCAAGAGGUCAGCAUAGUGGUGAUGAGCUGAUUGAGAUUGACAGAAGGAAGCUUCGAGAGUGUAUGUACAGAAAACCUCAAAU